CAUGAAGUUCUCCUGUUUUCCCUCAGCUGGCAGAUGCAUGUCGGGUGAUUGGUAGCGUGGAUUCGUGCGCGUUCAUCAUAAGUUUAUUUGAACGAAUGUGUGUUUGUUCAUCAUGUGAAGGGAAAACGCUGCAGCUGUGUGCAACAAGCGCGAGGCAGACAUCACAUCUAGUUUUGAUUGUUUAUUAAAAGAAGAGGAUGAGACCAAACAUCAAUGACUGACCUUUGACCCUGGAGGGAGCACCGUCUCCCUGGGAGUGAUUUCCGGGAGGAAGGGGCUAGCCUGGGUCCAGGGAUGGACAUGGACAGCUACCCAGGGGGGAGCACCUCGGGACCUAACAUCACAAACUGCACCGUCUUACCGGCCAGCAGCCUGCAGGCAGUCCAGUUCACAGACGGGAUGGCGGUGGUGGUGGUCAUUCUUGGUCUCCUCACUCUCCUCACUGUGCUCAUCAACGGCGCCGUUAUCGCCGCCAUCUGCACCACCAAGAAGCUCCACAUGCCCGCCAACUACCUCAUCUGCUCCCUGGCCGUCACUGAUUUCCUGGUGGCACUACUCGUCAUGCCCAUCAGCAUCCUCUACAUCACCAUGGAGACGUGGUCGCUGGGUCAGGUGGUAUGCGAGAUGUGGUUGAGUGUGGACAUGACCUGCUGCACCUGCUCCAUCCUACACCUGUGCGUCAUCGCCCUGGACCGGUACUGGGCCAUCACCAAAGCUAUCGAGUACGCUCGCAAGAGGUCAGGCCGCCGUGCCGCCAUCAUGGUGGGAAUAGUCUGGGUCAUCUCAGUUUUCAUAUCCAUGCCGCCCUUGUUCUGGAGGCAGAGGCCCAUCAGCGACAGCUUCCAUCAGUGCAUCAUAGAGCACGACCACCUGGGAUACACUAUAUAUUCUACUUUGGGGGCGUUUUACAUCCCCAUGAUCAUCAUUCUUAUCUUAUACUACAGGAUUUACAAUGCCGCCAAAACUCUUUACCAGAAGCGUGGCUCUUCUCGGCACCUCAGCAGCCGCAGCAUGGGUAGUCAAAACUCUGUGGACCAUUGUCGGGUCUCCCACACUUUCUGUGUGUCAGACUUGUCCAACUCCGAUCCCACACUGGCUCCUGACAAACUCAACGCCAACAUCUGCAUCCCGUCCUUUGAGACAGACAUGGACAGGCAGGAUGAGAAAAACCAGAUAUGCACCUCACGCGAGAGGAAAGCAGCGCGAAUCCUAGGCCUCAUCCUCGGGGCCUUCAUCAUCUGCUGGCUGCCUUUCUUUUUGAAGGAGCUCCUGGUGGGUCUGCAAGUGUUGCAGCCUUCUCAGCUUCUCUCUGACUUCCUGACCUGGCUGGGUUACAUCAACUCUCUCAUUAAUCCCCUGCUGUACACCAGCUUCAAUGACGAUUUCAAGCUGGCUUUUAAAAAGCUGCUCAAGAGAAAAGAGCAUGCAUAGGUCCAAGGUUAAGAAUACCAAAGGGAAUGUAUACACUUUUAACUUACCGUCUGUCUCCUGGCAAUAUGGAGUGUGAUGUUGUGCUUUUGAAGGAAAAAAGUUACACCUCAGCAAACAAUGUAUUCUCUGUUUUCCUCAAUAAAGGAAUUCUUUAUAA